GAGAUAGAGAGAGUAAGUAGUAAUGGCGUAAGCGCGAUGAAUAAAAAGGGGCAAACGGACUGUUCGAUUUCUGAUGCAAAGGCUUGGUUGAGUGGAUUGAUUGAUUAGAAGGAAAUGGACUCCAAAUCUGUGUUCAAUGUGUUGCAAGAAGUGUUUCCUCAGAUUGAUUUGCGAAUAUUAAAAGCAGUUGCCUUUGAGCAUUCUGAUAAUGUAGAUGCUGCGAUGGAUUUUCUCAUGGACCAUGUUAUCCCAAAUAUUAAAUAUCUAGAGGAAGCACCUCGUGAAAACAUGGGAGGAGAAGAUAAAAUGCAGAAUGGGGACCACAAAUUAGAGGAACUGAACUCUUCAUCGAAGGAAUCACACUCACCUCUAUCUUCUGAAAUGAACACUGAAUCAUAUAAAGCCAAUACUUCUUAUGAUUCCCUUCAUUCCAUGCUACCACACUCGAAUAGUGUAUCUGUGGGAGCAUCUGAUAAAGGUAGAGAGGGUGAACAUCAUGAUUCGUACUUGGAGGCUGAAUCUUUUGCAAACAACGUGUUGAUCCAGGUCGAGCCAUUGCUACAUCAUGAAGAGAGGGCAGAUAACUUGGAGUCUUUAGUAUUGGAAAAGGACUUCAGUGGACUUGGCGUAGCAAGCAAGGAAUCUUCUGCUCAGGGUUCCUUGGGAAGUGAUGUUGAACUUUUGAUAUGUCACAAUAAGUUACCUCAUUCAGACAAUGAGAAUCAAUCUCCAACUAUAGCGUGCAAAUCUGGUCUUGAUAUUGAUUUGCUUGAAGAUUUUAUUGGAGAGUCUCACAAUUAUAAGGAAUUUAGUGAAAUUGGCAUCGCCACUGAAGAACCUCCACCUCAAGGUUCCUUGGGGAAUGUUGUUGCCACUGAGGAACCUCCACUUCAAGGCUCCUUGGGGAGCGAUGUUCAGAUUUUGACAUUUGACAAUGAAUUUUCUUCUGAAGGGAUAGAUAAUGAGAAUCACUCUUCAAGCGUGAGUAGCCAAUCUGCUCAUACCCCGAGUGUUGAAGAUCUUGAAGAUUUCAUUGGAGAAUCAAGGAACUAUAAGAAAACUUUGUUAGAUGCUAUGGAAUCAUUGCGUGGUUUGGUCAAAGAGGCGGAGGUUCAAGAGGAAGCCGCUGGACAAGCUAAAAAAGAAGCAGAUCAAGGGGCUCAAGAGAUCCUUACCAAAGUGGAGGAUCUUAAACAGAUGUUAUCACGUGCAAAAGAGGCUAAUGAUUUGCAUUCUGGGGAAGUUUAUGGAGAGAAAUCUAUAUUAGCCACUGAGGCACGGGAACUUCAAUCCCGUCUUUUGCAUUUGUCAGAAGAAAAAGAUAAAUUUCUUCAUGUCAUUGAUGAGAUGCGCAGCGAUCUAGAAGUGAGGAUUGCGGCUGCAAAAGAACAAAGAGUAGCCGCGGAGAGAGAAAAACAACUGAAGGAAGAUGCUGCAUCUGCUGCUCUUGCUGAACAAGAACUUAUCAUGGAGAAGGUGGUAGAGGAGUCCAAGAAACUUCAGCAAGCAGCAGAAGAAAAUUCGAAGUUACGUGAGUUCUUGAUUGACCGAGGCCGAAUAGUUGACACUCUACAAGGAGAGAUUUCAGUAAUUUGCGAGGACGUGAGUGCCCUCAAAGAAAAAUUCGAUAAGGGGCUUAAGAUAGGCGAGAUGAGUCUUAGACUGCCAAAGUCAUCAGAGGACAAGGAUGCAGUAAGUGUCCUAUCAUCUUCUACCUCAUCUAUGAGGAGCCGAUCUCUGGACUCUAGUAACUGGCGCCCCCAAUUUAACACGGUGCCUAACCGCUAUGGGCUCAGUGAGUCCUUUGAAACUGCGUCCCGAGAUUUGUCGAGCAGUCAGGAAACAAUCGAGAGCAAAAUCGACGGUGAUCAGAAGGCAAAGUCUUCCUCUGAAGAAGGAUGGCAUUUCCUAGAAGAUGAACUUACAUUUAAUUGAGUUAAUCUCAACUCUCAGUAAGAUACAGAGAUGCUUAGCUUUUAUGACUGGUGCACGUUUUUAAUCCUUUUUCCUUUUAUUUCAUGAAGUCUGGGUUCAGUUUGCAAUGGCCGAGAAUCUUCUAUCUCUUUUGUCAUGUAAAUACAAGGUCUAUUGACAGGCAUCUUAACCUGAAAAAGUUUCUGCAUAAAUGGGGAAUAUAUUUGAAUUGUUUUGCAGGUUA